AUGAGUGUGCAUCAACAUCCCCCUCACCCGAAGCGCGCAGCACCCAGGACGUCGGUGCGCGAGAUGAAGCCACCGACGUCACCACCGGCCAGACGCUGCCAUUGCAGCACACCUACCGACGGGCUCGUAGCAACGAGCCACGAUACCCGCUACCUCCUGCAGGCGCAAUUGCGCGAACAGGAAUACCUGCGCCCGCUGAAGCGGUCGCAGAAGACAGUCAUAGCGAGCGACACCGGUGCCGAUCGCCCGCAAAACCGCCUACGCCGGCUUAGGCGAGGUCAUUCGCUUCGUGUACCGCUCACCCGGGUGAGCUUCCGUCCAGCUCUUCUAGCUCCCACCCGCAUUGCGGCGGUCCAAGCCGAGGCCGAUGCCCCCCUCGGGGCACCCUUGGUCUAG